GAUACCAAACUAUCUUCUCUCACACACCCUUUUGCAUAAAUCCUAGCCUUUUAGGAUUUCCACAACCAUGGAGACAAGAAGAAUAAUGUGCUACAACUUUCUAGUGGCUUCAAUUUUGCUACUCUCUUGUUUGGUUUGCGUGAAAAGCAGGCCUUUGUUUCUGUUUGAUGCUUCAACUCAACAAGCAUUCUUCAAACAGUCUUCCACAUUAGAUGAUGAUCAAACAACCAGAAUUCAAGAUGUCUCAAAACAUGUUUUUGACACUACACAGGGGAAUGAAGGAAAAAGAAUAUUAAAAGCAAAGGCCAAUGAGUAUAAAGAAGCAUUGAGGGGACUGAGCAGGCUAGGAUCAACACCGCCAAGGUGUGAGCACAAAUGUGGAGGCUGCAUUCCCUGCAAUCCCAUUCAAAUUCCUACCAACAAUGAUCUUCUGGGUGCUCAGUACGCAAAUUACGAGCCUGAAGGAUGGAAAUGCAAAUGUGGCAAUUCUUACUACAACCCUUAAGUAAUUAAUCCCCGUAACAAGAAGAGUUUCUUGUUAUUUGUAUGUGCAUAAAGUUCUAGUUUACAAUAUGAUUGAUUAGUCAAGCCUCGAAAUUUGGUUACAACUGAGAACGAUUUGCGCUAAAACCAGCGAGUUUCUCCACAUUGAUCUUAAGAUAUGAUUGAGAUUUGGGACGUUAUGAAGCUACUA